ACUCUAAGCGGGUGAUUGGAACUGCUCCACAAACUCCACUGUGGAGCAGCUCCACAAAAAACUGAAGUUUGUGGGGUACCUCUUUAGGUGUUUUCAUAACUCCACCCUUUUUCCUCGAACUGAGUGCGUGGAGCUAAAAUCGUUUGGCUAAAAGACGUGAAACAUAUCUGAAAAACAUGGGGCGGAGCAGUCCAGAUACUCCCUAAACUCCUGGAUAAGCCCCUGUCAGCGGCCUACUGGGCUGUUGGGCUGCAUGGGCCACGAGAUUUCUUCCACAAGAGGUCUCGUUUGAUGCAAUAUGGAGCUUCGCGGGGGACGCUGAUUGCGAAAAUCCAUCCCCGUCCCCGACCACGAUCGCACGCAGCAGUCACGCUUGUGCGGUCAGCCGCCUCAGACCUCGACGACGGCGACCUCGUCGCCGUCGGUAGCCAAUUCGCCAUGCGCCUCGCUCCCCCCAUCCUCAAGAUGCCGCGGCGGCCAUGCUGCUCUACCACUUUCUCCGCUACGGAGGUCGUCACGGAUGUCUCCUCCGCGGACCGCUUGCUGGCGCUCCUGCGCGGCUGCGUCUCCGCGCCGCACCUCCCGCUGGGCCUGCAAAUCCACGCUCGCGCCGUCGUGUCCGGCGCUCUCUCCAACCACAACCACCUGGCGCUCCACACCCGGCUCCUCGGCAUGUACGUCCUCGCGCGCCGGUUCCGCGACGCCGUAGCGGUGUUCUCCGCGCUCCCGCGCGCCGCCGCCGGAUCAUCGCUGCCGUGGAACUGGCUCAUCCGCGGGUUCACCGCGGCCGGGCACCACAGCCUCGCCGUCCUCUUCUACGUCAAGAUGUGGACCCACCCCGCCGCGCCGAGCCCCGAUGCGCACACCCUCCCUUACGUCGUCAAGUCCUGUGCCGCGCUCGGAGCGGUGUCCCUCGGCCGCCUGGUCCACCGCACAGCGCGGGCGACCGGGCUCGCCAGCGAUGUCUACGUUGGGAGCGCGCUCAUCAAGAUGUACUCUGACGCUGGCCUCCUCAGGGACGCCCGCGACGCGUUCGACGGAAUGCCAUGGCGGGAUUGCGUCCUGUGGAACGUGAUGAUGGACGGGUACAUAAAGGCUGGAGACGUGGGUGGGGCGGUGCGUUUAUUCAGGAACAUGAGGGUGUCUGGUUGCGAGCCCAAUUUUGCGACUCUGGCGUGCUUUCUGUCUGUGUGUGCUGCUGAGGCUGACUUGCUGUCUGGGGUGCAGCUUCACUCUCUGGCGGUGAAAUGUGGUUUAGAGCAGGAGGUCGCAGUGGCGAACACAUUGCUAUCGAUGUAUGCCAAAUGCCGGUGCUUGGAUGAUGCAUGGAGGUUGUUUGAACUUUUGCCACGGGAUGACUUGGUAACCUGGAACGGAAUGAUCUCAGGAUGUGUUCAAAAUGGGCUUCUUGAUGAAGCUUUGGGAUUGUUCUGUGAUAUGCUGAGGAGUGGUGCUCGACCAGAUUCAGUUACGCUAGUGAGUUUGUUACCGGCUUUGACUGACUUGAAUGGUCUCAAGCAGGGUAAGGAGGUACAUGGUUAUAUUAUCAGGAAUUGUGUGCACAUGGAUGCCUUUUUGGUGAGUGCUUUGGUGGACAUCUAUUUCAAGUGCAGGGAUGUGAGAACGGCACGUAAUUUGUAUGAUGCGGCUAGGGCUAUCGAUGUGGUUAUUGGCAGUACAGUGAUAUCAGGUUAUGUUCUUAAUGGGAUGAGUGAAAAGGCACUGCAAAUGUUCCGGUACUUGUUAGAACAGUGCAUCAAACCAAAUGCUGUUACUGUAGCUAGCGUCUUGCCUGCAUGUGCUAGUAUCUCUGCUUUGCCUCUUGGUCAGGAGAUCCAUGGUUAUGUUCUAAGAAAUGCAUAUGAAGGAAAAUGCUAUGUGGAGAGUGCACUGAUGGACAUGUACGCAAAGUGUGGCAGACUUGACCUGAGCCAUUAUAUCUUCUCCAAAAUGUCUCUGAAGGAUGAGGUGACAUGGAACUCAAUGAUUUCAAGCUUUUCACAGAAUGGAGAACCACAAGAAGCUCUAGACCUUUUCCGUCAGAUGUGUAUGGAAGGAAUAAAGUACAAUAAUGUAACCAUAUCUUCUGCCCUAUCAGCAUGCGCGAGUUUGCCAGCUAUAUAUUAUGGGAAGGAGAUUCAUGGUGUUAUCAUAAAGGGUCCUAUAAAGGCUGACAUAUUUGCUGAGAGUGCUCUGAUAGACAUGUAUGCGAAAUGUGGGAACAUGGAGUUGGCUCUUCGUGUUUUUGAAUUCAUGCCUGAUAAGAACGAAGUAUCAUGGAAUAGUAUAAUUUCUGCCUAUGGGGCUCAUGGUCUUGUUAAAGAGUCAGUGAGCUUCUUACAUCGUAUGCAGGAGGAAGGAUACAAGCCAGAUCAUGUAACAUUCCUUGCUUUGAUAUCUGCUUGUGCUCAUGCUGGGCUGGUUGAAGAAGGACUCCAACUUUUUCAAUGCAUGACUAAGGAAUAUCUGAUUGCACCACGAAUGGAGCAUUUUGCUUGCAUGGUCGAUCUAUACAGUCGUUCUGGGAGGUUAGAUAAAGCUAUACAAUUUAUUGCUGAUAUGCCUUUCAAACCAGAUGCUGGCAUUUGGGGUGCCCUUCUCCAUGCUUGCCGUGUGCAUCGCAAUGUUGAACUUGCGGACAUUGCUUCCCAAGAACUGUUUAAGUUGGACCCUGGAAAUUCUGGUUAUUAUGUCCUCAUGUCCAAUAUCAAUGCAGUUGCUGGGCGAUGGGAUGGUGUAUCGAAAGUUAGAAGAUUGAUGAAGGAUAAUAAGAUCCUGAAGAUACCUGGGUACAGCUGGGUAGAUGUUAAUAACAGCAGCCAUUUAUUUGUUGCAUCAGAUAAAAGCCACCCUGAGUCUGAAGAUAUCUACACAUCCUUGAAGGCCCUGCUUCAAGAACUAAGAGAGGAAGGCUAUGUUCCCCGACCAGAUCUAUGUCACCCCAUGCACCCAGAUAACAACACGCAGGUUCUGGCAAUAUGAUUUGUCCCAGUGGCACUGAUAUGCCCUUCUGAUGGAAAUUCGAGGAAGAACACAUUGUUAUACAGGCCACUGGCUGUUGAAGAACAGCAUGUGUAAGUGUAUGCAGUUCGACAUUUACAUGAGAAAAAAAGGUGAUGAGUAUAACUUGUUUGCAACUUCGUAUAUUAGAUUAUUCAUACUCUCAGGCUGGAUAAAGGCAUUCCAGGCCUCCUUUUUGCUGCUAAUAUAUGGUGUCUGAACUUGACCAUUCUCAUCUGUUGCAAAGAUAUAAAUGGAAGUUAUGAGCAAUAAAAUUUCUGUUUUUUUUCCUUUCUUCUUUUUAAACUCUUCUAAAUAAAUUGAAAUGUUUCCAUGACAUGUGGACAGGACAGGUCAGUGUUGUCAAACAUUUCUUUUGCACUGAUAGCCCUUCAUACAACUCUGCAAGCUCUUCCGAUUUAUGGGCAUACUCAAUGGUGAUAGCUUUCUGUGGAUAUGCCUAUUCUCAAGCAUGAGAAACACAUCGAAGACCAAGGCAAACUCUGUGUAAAGAUAUUGACAUUUUAUCCCUUGUCUGAAAAAUCAUGGCUGAAAAUAGUGUUCGCUGAUUUGUUGGGAGAGAAAAACACUGCUAGAUGGGAUAAGCUCAAGCGAACAACAUCCUGUCACUGUCAGGCAGGCUGCAGUUAUGGUGUUGCUGCUUCAGUAGUUACUAGAAUGAGCUGGUAACGAUCGAAACAAAGAGAGAAUUUGACUCAUAUGUCAUCAUCCAGAGCUUUCAGCCCACUGGCAAGCCUCCGGCGCUGCAUCUGUGCGAGACUUUGAGGAUUUCUUAUCGCGUCCAGCAUCCUGUCGAGGAACUGAACGAACUGUUGGUGCUCACGGGCAACCUGAGGAUCUGAAAACCUGUCGAGAUGCUGCUCAUGUUCCUGCAUGUUCGUUGCGAGCAUUGGGCAUCAGAGAAGGUCUAUAAGCAGAAACCGUGGACAGGCACAGAAGAGAGAGAGAGAGAGAAAAGAGAGGGAAAGAUAUCAACAAUACAAAGAACCAAGCAGGAAUUAUCUGGUCUCAUUUCUUCUUCAAAGGUAUUUAACUCUGAUUCUCUGGAGUUGAACUCGAAACGGCAGGAAAGGGAACAAACCGUGAUCCUGGUGUCCGUCUUGAUUCCCCGCCCGUGCGCGUUGCUGCAGACAGAUCGAUCCCCCGCCGGUGGAAGAGGACAGCGGAGCAGCCGCGGGCCACGGUGGCCGCCGGUAAGACGGCCGGCCGACUGGAUCCUCCCAAGCACGAGGCGCGACGCCAUGUUUGCGGUCUGCCGAAGAGAGGUUGUCAGAGCUCAGAGGUUGCGUUGGUUCCCUCGCCUACCUUUCCCCUUCCGCCAAGUAUGCAUCAGCAGAUAUGCUGAGGGAGUACGCGAAGCAUCGCGUAGGUGCGGACGGCACGAAGCCGAGUCGGGUCAUGCGAAGCGUCGACGACCUCGUCGUCUCCCGUCUUUCGGCGUUUGGACUGGACCGGCCGGCGUCGUACAGAGUUGAAUUUGACGUUUGAAUCAACCGCAGCACGCACCGUACAGGCGACGGCUUGUAUUCUAGAAGAUUUUUCUUUUCUUUUUUCUGUCUGAAUGUUUUUGAGUAAUCUGGAGGGGUGUGAACCCCUGCAGCGAAUAUAUUGAAAACUUAACAAA